UGCGCGCUCCCGUCGCGGCGGCGGCGGUGGCGAGCGGCGUCAGAGCUCGCUAGGGGGGGUUGACGGCUUCUGGCGGGUGUCGGGAGGAGGCGAGAGUCGGCUUAGCCCGUGUCACGUCUGUCUCAGAAACCGGACGGAGAGUGAGGGCACAAGGCUCGCUGUCGAGGGGGCUUCCAUCUUCCACGUCCACGCCGUCGUGAGGAGCGCUGCCCGGACUCUCCGACUCCUCAUUCGCAGGCCUCGAGGCCGCGGCGGCCACCGAGACAGCGCCGCACCUCCCCCAUCCCUUCCCCUCGUCCCCCGCCCGCCAGGGCCCGGCCGGUGCCCCACCCCCGCCUGCCUGCCUGCCUGCCCGACCGCCCGCCCGCUACGCCGCCGCCAUGUCGGCGCAGGCCCAGAUGCGCGCUAUGCUGGACCAGUUAAUGGGCACCUCUCGGGACGGGCCCUGGUGGUGGCAACCGCCUGUGUGCCACUGAAAAUCGUGCCGAUGCCUGGCAUACUGCAUAAAUGGAAGCAGGGUACCGCGUUCAAUGUAUCUAUGCCUGCCUACUUCAAUCUGCAAGGGAGUUUCAGAAAGGCCCCGCAUUCGCCGAGCCGAGAUACUACUCGUCAGCGAAUCAAAUUCAGCGAUGACAGAGUAUGCAAGAGCCACCUUCUCAACUGUUGCCCCCAUGAUGUCCUUUCUGGAACAAGAAUGGAUCUUGGAGAAUGCUUGAAAGUCCAUGACUUGGCUUUAAGAGCAGAUUAUGAAAUUGCAUCCAAAGAACAAGACUUUUUCUUUGAACUUGAUGCCAUGGAUCAUCUGCAGUCAUUCAUUGCAGAUUGUGAUAGAAGAACAGAAGUAUCUAAGAAAAGAUUAGCAGAAACUCAAGAAGAGAUAAGUGCUGAAGUGGCUGCAAAGGCAGAGCGUGUUCAUGAGUUAAAUGAGGAAAUAGGCAAGUUGUUGGCAAAAGUGGAACAACUAGGAGCUGAAGGAAAUGUGGAAGAAUCUCAGAAAGUCAUGGAUGAAGUCGAGAAAGCACGGGCAAAGAAAAGAGAAGCAGAGGAGGUUUAUCGGAAUUCUAUGCCAGCUUCCAGCUUUCAACAGCAAAAACUUCGUGUCUGUGAAGUCUGUUCUGCAUAUUUAGGUCUUCAUGAUAACGACAGACGACUUGCUGAUCAUUUUGGGGGUAAAUUGCACCUGGGAUUUAUUGAAAUAAGAGAGAAGCUGGAAGAAUUAAAGAGAGUUGUGGCUGAGAAGCAGGAGAAGAGAAACCAGGAACGUCUGAAACGAAGAGAAGAGAGGGAGAGAGAAGAACGGGAGAAACUGAGGAGAUCUAGAUCCAGAGAGCAUCGCAGACACCGAUCUCGCUCCAUGUCACGAGAACGCAAGAGGAGGACUCGAUCCAAGUCUCGUGAGAAACGCCAUCGCCACAGGUCCCGGUCCAGUAGCCGAAGCCGCAGCCGCAGCCACCAGAGAAGUCGGCACAGUUCAAGAGAUAGGAGCAGAGAGCGAUCCAAGAGGAGGUACUGAAGUGCCGAUGAGAGGAUGCGGAGCUACCUUUAUGUUUUAGCCUUUUGUUUAUUAUGUUACUUAUGCUUAGAUUAUUGGUUUGAAACCUGCACCUGAUAUAUUGAUAUGUACUCAAUUGUAGGUGUAUACAAUUUUUUCUGAUUGUAUGGGUAGUUCAUGCAGAGUUAAUAAUGGCGUGAACCAGAGUAAGAAAUUGAAGCCAGUAUGUGCAGAGGUUAUUGCUUUUCUUUACUUGGAAUGUUGGGGAGGCGGGAGGGGUGCUGAUAAAAACAAAAACUAUUUUAUAGGCAAAUAAUUUUAGGUUCUAAUACUCUUGAGGGUUAUGGGGGUUUUUGUUUGUUUUCCAAUAUGUAUUAACAAAUAGAGAUUCUGAGAAGUCUGUUCAUUAAAAGCAUUGUUUAGCUUUGUUUGCCUGUUUUCCACACUUUGGUGCACUUCUAAAGAGCAAACAGAUUCUACUAUGUUGUUUAAUCUACAGUAUAAAUCAUACAUUUUCAUGUUCACCUUUAGUGUAAUGGGAAGAUUCUGAGUUUGGAGAAAGCUACACCACCUUACUAUAGCAGGAAGCUUCAGAAGAUGCAAUGAGAACAGACAUUGGAUCUGAUUAUCUAGUGAGAGCUAACAAAGGGUUAGAAUGUAGUGGAGCUGUUAAGUCCCCAAAACUCAGGUCACAUGAUAAUCCUAUAGCGUAUAAAUUAUACUUAAAAUUACUUUUCCCCUCCUUGACAACUAUUUUUAGAUAAAUAUAGGAGAGAAACUUGGAGUCCCAAUUACUAGUCUUAAAUUUUUCUGUGGCUUACUCCACAUAAACUAAACCCACAGUAAGCAGACAAAAUCUUUUGUUUUAGACUGAAUUAACCUUUUCCUGAAAUCACAAGCUGAGUUUCUUAAUAGGCUUUCAGUCAACAUUUUAUUUUGUAUAUUUCUGUCUAUGUUCUAAGUAGCCUUUUUUUUUUUUUGGUUUUUGUUUUUGUUUUUUUUGGGGGACAGGGUUUCUCUGUGUAGCCCUGGCUGUCCUGGAACUCACUUUGUAGACCAGGCUGGCCUCGAACUCAGAAAUUCGCCUGCCUCUGCCUCCCAGAGUGCUGGGAUUACAGGCGUGUACCGCCCAGCCUAAGUAGCCUUUAAAGUUAAUUUUCUUAAAUUAGGUAGGGUGUGUGUGUGUGUGUGUGUUGUGUGUUGUGUGUGUUGCGGGGAGGGCUUGCAGGGGAGAUCAGGAGGCCAAGCUCUUAAGUAGCUCAUAUUGGCCUCAUAUUCAUCCUUUAGCCUCAACUUCCUCUUGAGUGCUGGGAUUAUAGGCAUAUGACACCCUGCCUGGCUUUACAAAUUAGAUACUUUCCUCUCUGCUAGCUUGUUAAAAAAAUAGCAAAGUAAUAAUAGUGUAUAUUAACAACCAUUUUCAUGUUAACUCUCGAGUUUUCUGUGUGGGAGAAUACUUGGCCACAGAUUAUAAAGUGAUAAACUGAAUAUCAUAGCGUAAAUGACAUAAAUUUAGAUGAGGAAAAUUUUCAAAAAGAUUUUUUUUUAAAAUGGUUUUAGAUAAUGGAUCAGGCUUUCAUAACUGGUUGUAAUUAAAUAAGUAGGAAAAUAUCUGUAGGCUUCUUACAUUUCAAAACUGGGUUUGUCCUCAGCGCAGUGGCCAGAAACAAACAUUUUUUUUUGUAAUGUUCUUUAUGAUUCUAAAUCUGAGAAUUGGGCAGCUUAGAUAAUAAAGGAUCUAGAUGAUUCUUGUGUUGACCUGCCCAGCUGUCAUUUUUCUGAUGUUUGUCUUACUUGUCUUUAUUGGUGAUGGAGAUGGGAGGGAUGGGUGGGGAGUCUUGUCCUAUCAUUGUGUCAUCCUGAGGCUUCCUGAACUUGUGAAGUUUAUUUAUAUAGGAAAACUUCCCACCAUAUUUAGCAUGUUCAAAAGAGGAUUAUUUUUGUAAAACUAUUAAAAAUUUUGCUUUUCUCAAGAGUA